AUGACCACCAGCGCUGAAACGCCGAAUGUCGGGCCUUCAGAGACCCUACAAAGUCAAUAUGUCGAUACGCACGGCCCUCCCAUCGGUAUGGAAGACCUUGAAGAUACCCCGCCAUCACACGCAGUCGACAUCGCACCAAGAUGGAACGAAUCCAAGACCAUGAUAUGGCGAGUAACAGCCGCCUGCUACUGUGCGUUCGUCAUGGGCGCGAAUGACGCUGCAUACGGUGCUAUCAUCCCCUAUGUAUGUUUCUCCCUACCCACGGAACCGAUAUACGAAUCAAUCGCUCACGUUAUCAAGCUUGAACUUUACUACCACCAAAGCUACACAAUCAUCUCUCUUGUUUUCCUCUCACCGUUUGUCGGAUACACCAUCUCAGCUAUUAUCAACCAUGCCAUCCAUCACCGCUUCGGUAGACGCGGAGUAGCUAUUAUCGGUCCUGCAUGUCACCUACUAACAUUCGCCGUGAUAUCAACUCAUCCCCCAUUCCCUGUCCUAGUGAUCAUGUACAUAUUCAUUGGAUUCGGCAGCGGGAUUCAGAACGCAGCCUGGAACGUCUGGAUAGGCAACAUGGCGAAUUCGAACGAAGUCCUUGGCUUCUUUCAUGGGUUCUUCGGUGUAGGUGCUACAGUAAGCCCUCUCAUCGCGACAAGUCUAAUCACAAAGGCCGAUUGGACGUGGUCCUCUUUCUACUAUCUGAUGACUGGAGCUGCAGCGCUGGAACUAAUCUACGCAACGACCGCAUUCUGGCCCGAAACAGGCUCAAAGUACCGACAAGCACUCCAAAGCUCUGCAACACGAGCUCAAGGCAAUGGAGCACUAUCUCAAACCCGUUUGUCACUGACCUACAAAGUUACCUGGAUAUGCGCAAUCUUCCUCUUUCUCUAUGGUGGAAUUGAAGUUGCAAUAGGAGGCUGGGUGGUCGUUUUCAUGACGAAUGUCCGCCACGGUAGUGCUUUUGCAUCUGGAAUGACAGAAACUGGGUUCUGGCUAGGAAUUACAAUGGGCCGAUUUAUCCUUGGUUUCGUGUCGCCGCGUGUUGGCGAGAAACUAUCUAUCGCAUUAUACAUCAUCAUCGCCUGUGCGCUGGAGCUAAUCUUCUGGCUUGUUCCUCAGUUCUUCGUGUCAGCAGUUGCAGUUUCGUUGGUGGGGUUUUUCCUCGGGACAAUCUUCCCAGGCGUAGUUGUUGUUGCGACCAGGCUGUUGCCCAAGGAUUUGCACGUUGCUGCUAUUGGCUUUGCGGCGGCGUUCUCGAUGGGUGGGGGUGCGGUCUUUCCUUUCUUCAUUGGGGCUGUUGCGCAGGCGAAGGGGGUGGGAAUCUUGCAGCCUGUUCUUUUGGGGAUGUUAGUUGUGGCCCUUGGGAUUUGGGGGACUCUACUACGGACUCCUAGGGUUGGGCAGGCACAUCAGGUAUGA